GUCCAGAUUUUAUUAUUGAUGGGUCUUGAGCCGGAGAAUUUUUGAGAACCAAGAAGUCAUUGCCGGCGAAGAAACUGUCCCUAGUAUAGCUACAAAUUAAUAAACCAAAACAAUUUGGCAACUCCAACGAGGAUUCACAAAAGAGUUCGUAUGGAACACUUCAUGUGAACACUACAAAUUCUGAGACAAAUGGGGAGAAGUCCAAUUUAACUUCAUCAGAUAAUGGGGAGAAGUUCAGUGGAAGUCACCACCUCCUCCUACAAGUUCACAGCAAUGGCGGUAACUGCUCUCUCUGCCAUGUCCAUCUUAAUCAUAGCCUGCAUCAUCAUAUUCCCAACCCCAUUUUCCAAUCUUACCCAGAAAUUCUUCUUCCCCAUCCAAGAUAAUAAGAACUCUUCCUCUGUACAAGAACCACCACUAGAUCAAUCCUGUAUCAGCAGGUCGCAGAAGGCCGCUUACCACAAAUCUCCAUCCCCUGUUCCAUCUCCUUACUUCCUCUCCAAGCUCAGUGACUAUGAACGUCGUCACAAAAACUGCGAGCCUUUCUCUGAACCCUUCAACAAAACGUUACAAGUGCUGGUCACCGGGAAGAAUGUUCCCAGCAAUGAAACCGAUUCCGAUCCCUGCAGAUACGUAGUCUACACAGUUAACUUACAUGGCCUAGGAAACAGAAUGCUGGGCCUUUCCUCUGCUUUCCUCUAUGCUCUGCUCACGAAUCGUACCGUUCUAGUCGAUUUCAGACCCGACAUGGCCAGCCUCUUCUGCGAGCCCUUUCAGAAUUCCACCUGGUUUUUGCCUGAUGAUUUCCCCUUCAGGAAUGAGUUCUACACCGCUCAAUUCCGCCAAGCUCAUAGCUUCGGCGACUUCCUGAUGAGACACAACAAUGUUACACAAUUGGCUACACCACCAUCAUUUCUCCAUCUCUAUCUCUCCUUCAAUUACAACAAUCGCGACAAGCUUUUUUUCGAGGACGAGAACCAGCAAUUUCUCCAGGGAGUCCCCUGGCUCACUCUGAGAUCGGAUGAGUAUUUCAUCCCUUACCUUUACCUGAUGCCGCGUUUCAGGCCGGAAUUGGAGAGACUGUUUCCUGACAGGGAGACGGUUUUCCACCACCUUGGGAGAUAUCUCUUCAGCCCUUCGAAUCAAGUCUGGGGGCUCAUCACCAGAUUCUUCGAUGCUUACCUGGCGAGAGCAGAUGAGAGAAUCGGUCUUCAGAUCCGGGUCUUCAACACGACGUCGAGCCCGAUUCCCCUCGUGAUGAAGCAGAUUUGGCAAUGCACAGAGAAGGAAAACCUCCUGCCACAACUUCAAGAGCCAACAACUUCUCCUUCAGCCAUGAUCGGCUACAACAAGACAGCAUCGCCAGCUACGACAAAGGCUGUCUUGAUCGCUUCGCUGUACAGCGAAUUCUACGAGGAGAUGAAGUUCAUGUACUGGACAAGCGGGGCUGUAGAUGGUGGUGAAGUGGUUGGUGUCCACCAGGCAAGUCAUGAAGGCAGCCAGCACUCUAAGAACAGCUCUCACAACAUGAAGGCGUUGGUUGAUAUGUAUCUGUUGAGCUUGUGUGACGUUUUAGUGACAAGUCCUUGGUCUACAUUUGGGUAUGUGGCUCAAGGGAUCGGAGGGUUGAAGCCAUGGAUGUUGAACAUUCCGAACUCGAAGGACAGUGUGGAGAAACCUUUGGAACCGGCUUGUAGACGGGCAGUUUCUUCAGAACCCUGUUUUCUUCGUCCUCCUAGCUAUGAUAUGAGGGCCAAGGUUGUAGUUGAUACUGGAGUAGGGCUUGACCCACCUGCGGUGCAUUGUGAAGAUGUGAGUUGGGGAUUAAAGCUUGUUAAUGACCAGAAAAUUGAUUAGAGUGUACUAAUUUUGUCGACAUGAAUCUAUCACAGUGUCAACAAGAGAUUAGAGUGCACCAAUUGUUCAUUAGAAAUGGUCGUUCUUUGAUGUGAUUGGGCGAUUGUGCAAAAUGUACCCAGUUUGAGAAGAAGCUCGGAAUCUUACUGGGUUGUCGUCAGAUUUGGAUAAGACUUAAUUUCUCAACUGGGUCUGUUAAGAAUUUCACAGAGUAGCCACCAAAGUUGCAUAAUCUAACCAAUCUCACUAACUGUUUGAUGAAUAGUCUCUUUUCUCCAGGGGUUUGAUGAAAAGUCGUGCUUAAGCAGGUUGCAGAGCCGACUUCAUUGUAAGUCUAUGCGGAUACAAAUUAUUGUUUCUACUGUGAUGAAAGCCUUUCAUUUCUUCGGAGACUGCCCUGUGUUGAUUAUGCUAUCAGAUAAAUACUUCAUGCCUUCCUUCUUCCUCAUCCCAUCAACAGGAGGCAAACAAAUUGUUUUCAGAUUA